AGACUCUUAUUUAGGGUUCGUAGCUAGUGAAAAAGGGCGUUUAUGAACACCUUUUCCAGGCUAAGCAGCCCUAGGAGUUUGACCCCAGGGAGGAAAUUCCCCUCCAUAAGUGAAAGAGAGGAAAAAUCGGUACCUUCGGAGAACUCAGAAGUCGGAACAGAGAUUACGCUCUGCUCUACGCCGAUAUUCUACACUGAGAUUCCGCUCUCCUUCGGGCUUUUGAAGGAGCUCUGCUUGCAAAGCAUCCUCGACCUUAGUUCGGAAAGAUCAAAGUCUGGGGGAAAGGGGAUGUUGGUGGUUGGUACUUGCUCUGGUAGAAUAAGCAGCGGGUACCCUUUGACAGUAGGGAUCAGACCUGGGGGACAGAAAAGCAGAAGCAGAAAAGAGUCCAUCUCCCUCACCGGACAACAAGUUUCCAAGUUCCCCUCCCCAAAAAGCUUUAAGAGAGCAGAUCCUGAGAUUCUUGCCCCUUCCUCGCAACUUCUUGCUGCUUCGAGUUCAUAUGUUGGACUUGCCCUCACAGUGUGGACGAAGACUUCUCUAAGAUCCGAUUCGAUGGCUCUGACAAGACCUCUUAUAUUGUUCUUAGCCUUCACACCUUUCGAACUCUCUCCCUUAUCUCCUAUUGUAAAGGGCUUCUCUUGCCGGAGGAAAAAGCAACCUGAAAAAGGAGUGCUAAAGCUCCCAGAGCGAAGUCCCACUAAGAAGUCAAAAGAACUUGGCUUGAGGCAUCAUACAAUAAGAAAGCAGCGGAUAAAGCUUUGCUUUGGGAAAGAAUUCCUUCUUACUGGAUCAGUAAAGGUAAAGCCAAAGACAGACGAGAAGUUAGGCAGUGUCGGGGGAUUCUAUCCGAUCUACGUUCUUGGUCGAAGCUCUAUGACAAGAAGGGCUGACAAAGCUUGGAAGCAUAACUGCCAAGAAAGCUCAUUACUACCCUCACCUUAACCCUAAGGAUCAGUCUAGGAAGCGGAGAGGUAGGGUGUAGAUUUGAGUAACUCUCCCGGGCGUCCCUCAGGUAAUCAAUCCUCCUUGAGGGCGAGGGUAUUCCGUCUUUCAGAAAAAGGUAAGGUAUGCGCUUAGUCUUUUAUUAACUCCCAUUCCUUCCAUUGUUCGAAGUAGGGUUCAAUGCUUUGGAUUCGGUCUAGCAGUCCUUCUCUCUUCAGUAAGCCAUGCAGUCCGUCCAAUGGCCCAAUCCCCGUCUAGCUUCUCUCUUUUAUUUCCAAUCCUAUGAGCUCUUCCUCAAGUAAGGAAGGAAGCACCCCUCUAUAACUCCCUCUUGUCCCCCCCCCGGGUCUAAGCUUUUCUCUUAACCAGUCUUCAAAAGCGGGGGGAUUUGGGUCUAUCAGCAUUGGCGGCUAAGGUAUCAGUCAAUCAAGUCUUCCAGUGCUUUUAAGCGAGGGUCACUUCACGAUAUAAAGGAUGUGUAGGGCUUUCGAUCUAGUCCAAUCGGACUAAGGGGCCAUCAUCUGCUAUUCCAGUUUAGCUGUCCAGUUUAGCAGACCUAGCAAUCAUCCUAAUCUUUACCCUCAACUGUGCCCCUAAGAGAAGCCGAGGAAAUUGUUGUAAGCGGUGGAUCACCAUUUCUUCUAAUCGGCUAUUCCAUCUAUCAUUCUAAGCCUUGGCAGCUUUCCAUUCUUUCGAUUCCUUCUGUCUUCCUCCCUUGAAUUUCAGCUGGUGGAAUAGACCCGAAGGUAACCCCCUGGGGACUUUACUUCUCUGUCCGUCUUUCUUUUGGUGCCAGUUUUUGUCGUAUAGCCUGGGAAUGUGCUUGCUGCAGGUGUAAGACCAUAAUAUUCAUCUCCGAAACUCGGACUAAGGGAUUCACUUC